AAAAAAGAUUUGAUUUGCCGUCGCUCUCACUCCAUUCCCAACAAAUCCCAUCCAAGUCCAUCUCACGCACAGCUAAGCACUAAGCUCCCGCUAACCACCCCCCUCCCUUCCCUCACCCCUUUUCCCGAUCUAUGCCAGUUCACACCUUACCAAACAACUGCAAUAAAACUCUCAUCACCGAACUCACCUGUUGACUCCGACACUUGUUCGUCUUCUCAGGUCAGAUUCGAGGCUCGAAGCGUUUCCGGUUUGGAUCUGAUAGCGUAACUCCCAAUGGAGGGCGGCGGAGAUGGCACGGUGAGAUUGGGAGCCAUCAACAUGACUCCCGAGCGGGUCUUCAACAAUCUCGACCCCGAUUUCUCCGUUUCCUCGCCGGUUACCCGCCAGAAAGCCGCUGCCGCCAAGCAGUUCAUCGAGAAUCACUAUAAGAACUAUCUCCAGGGGCUGCAGGAUCGCAUGGAAAGGCGUAGGACGUUGCAGAGGAGAGCGCAGGAAGCGCAGAUACCGGACGAGGAGCAGGAGAAGAUGCUGAGGAAUUUGGAGAAGAGGGAGACCGAGUAUAUGAGGUUGCAGAGGCAUAAAGUUGGGAUGGAUGACUUUGAGCAGCUAACUGUCAUUGGUAAAGGCGCCUUUGGCGAGGUGAGGCUGUGUCGUUUUAGGAGUACUGGAGAAAUUUUUGCCAUGAAGAAAUUGAAGAAGUCAGAGAUGCUUAGCCGUGGACAGGUUGAGCAUGUUCGAUCAGAAAGGAAUUUGCUUGUGGAGGUUGACAGUCGUUGCAUUGUGAAACUCUUCUAUUCUUUCCAGGAUUCAGAAUUCUUAUACCUCAUCAUGGAGUAUUUACCUGGCGGUGACAUUAUGACACUGUUGAUGAGAGAAGAUAUCCUCGCCGAAGAUGUUGCACGAUUCUAUAUUGCAGAAAGUGUUCUAGCUAUUCAUUCUAUUCACCAGCAUAAUUAUGUACACAGGGAUAUAAAACCAGAUAACCUUAUACUUGACAAGAAUGGUCAUUUGAAGCUUUCUGAUUUUGGCUUAUGUAAGCCCCUGGAAAAUAAAUAUUCAAUAUUGUUUGGAGAUGAAGACCUUACAACUCAAGAGUCCACAUCUGAGAGUGAAAGGAGUUCUGGGAAUGAUAAAUCUCCUUGGUCAAUGCCAAAGGAACAACUACAACAAUGGAAACGAAACCGUCGUGCCUUGGCUUACUCUACUGUUGGAACUCUGGAUUAUAUGGCACCGGAGGUUCUGUUAAAAAAAGGAUAUGGAAUGGAAUGCGAUUGGUGGUCUCUAGGAGCAAUCAUGUAUGAGAUGCUUGUAGGCUAUCCUCCUUUUUGUUCAGAGGAUCCAAGGAUGACAUGCCGUAAGAUUGUCAAUUGGAGAACAUGUUUGAAAUUCCCUGACGAACCAAAAGUGUCAGAUGAGGCCAAGGAUCUGAUCUGUCAUUUGUUAUGUGAUGUGGAAUCAAGGUUGGGGACUAAAGGAGUAGAAGAAAUAAAGGCACAUCCAUGGUUCUCGGGUGUCAAAUGGGACAUGCUUUAUGAAAUGGAAGCUGCUUACAGGCCUAGAGUUACUGGGGAAUUAGACACACAGAAUUUUGAGAAGUUCCCUGAAGUAGAAGAUCCACCAUCAGCAACACCAAGAGUAGGACCUUGGCGGAAGAUGUUAACAUCAAAAGAUGCCAAUUUUAUUGGAUUUACUUUCAAGAAAUCUGAUAUUCUUAAAUCAGCUGAAACUUCAGGAAUAGACAUGAGUUCCAAUGGACCUUCAAAGCCCCCGUCCUUGGUAUCACUGCUUGGGCGGAUAGAUUUGCAAGACACUCCAAUAGCAGAGGAUGAGCAGAAGGAAAAAAGUAGCUGAUUUCAUCAUCGCCUACUGCAUUCUUCUACCUACCCUUCUUCUAUCAAGGUGUAAUAUUAAAGCGGCUAAUUUCUGUAUAAAAGAGAAUAAGCAGUCAGCUGUGAAGCACAUACAAUUUUGAGCUCAACAUAUUUAUGUAUGCUUCUUCUGCCGUCUACAAUUUUUCCUUUUCCUCCAGCUCCGGAUUUGUUUUACUGAAGUUAGUAUAUUUUAUGUACUGAUGUACAGAAAAAAGACCCAAGUUACCCGAUUCAUUCAUUCUGAUGUUUCUUUCAAUUUUGUUGAACGCAUAAUUAUUUUUAUUAUGAGUUUAUGAUCCAAUAAUCACAUAUUUCUCGUAUAUAUAGUAA